AUGGAGUCUAUGAUUUCGUUGAAGCCUAAAGGCAAAGGCAAAGGACCAAAAGGAGCUUCUUCUUCAGAUGAGAGAUCGAAGUUGCAGCUCGUUAAGGAAUGGAGCAAUUGGUCACUGAAGAAAGCCAAAGUCGCGGCUCACUACGGAUUCAUCCCUCUGGUCAUCAUCAUCGGCAUGAAUUCCGAUCCAAAACCUCAUCUCUUUCAGCUCCUUAGCCCAGUCUGA